CCAUGCACACGACGACCAUCGUAGACUACGGUCGCGAUAAAGGUUCUGCACUCGAGAAAGCGAAGUUGCUGCUCACGUACAAUGCAGCGGGUCAGUUUGUGGGAAGGACUCUAUUGCCGUUUGCCUCGGACAACGUGGCAAAUAGCCGGUGCCCGUUUGCCGUUGCGUGCUUCAUCGGUGCCGGUGCAUGGUUGGCUCUCAUGCCUGUCGUGCAGUCGUUAACUGCUUUUGUGGCGUUAAACCUGGUGUUAGGAGUGUGCCAGGGAUAUGUUACGUGCAUCCGAAGCGUCCUAGUCAACGACUACUGCGGAGUGGAGCGGCUGCCUACGUUCUUCGGAAUACUCGGACUGGCCUUGGUGCCGCUGUCGUUUAGUGGACCAACAAUUAUUGGUUUUUUUCGAGACACCCUCGGCUCGUACGACAACUUCUACCGGAUGCUAGGGGCCGUGAAUAUUGGCAUCGCGGCACUCCUGUUCGUUUUGGUGUGGCGUGACAAGAUGCGAAGGAAAUCACGUGACUUACCUACUAACUCACCGGGAAAGUGAAUCGAAUCAGUGAUGUAGUUCGUGCCAAUUUAUGCAUACACAUUUCUUUUUCUGUAAAUCACGAAAGUUGCACGUAAUUCGACAUCUUCAUCAUGGAGCUUCAAGGGUGACAUGCGAGCUAACCGCGCCCGGCGCGCAGGAAACGCGACCUCUCGUUACAUCAGACCGCAACUACACACCCGACGAGGAAGCGGCGAUGCUUGAAUGAAGGCGCGCCGAAACAAUGUCUGCUCUGGAAAAUUGGCAAGCAUUCUGAAAUACACAAGUAGACAGCUCAUUCUCUCUGGGUGCAAGUUGUGGUGCGUAUUUGUUGCUUUCUCAAGCCGUGAACAGGGGUGACAGACUAGUUCGCCUGUCUGGAAGAAGAAGCGCCGCAGUGACCGCCCCUGAGUUUUAAGCUUCACAGAGAAAGAAAAGCUUGAUAUCGUGGUUUUCCUGCGCAAAACACGAAAGAAACAGAUAAGCACCAAACACGAUACACCCGUACUAGCGAGGUCACUUGCGGCUUUUCACGAUAGGACACGGCAACGACGCGCCAUAAUUCAAAUUUCGUCCCUUCCUUGUUGCGGUAGUUCAUGUCUGGCGACCGCAGUGGUGGCAUGUCGUUCACGCCGGGCGCGAUCAGUUUCGA